GAUGUCCAGGGCACGACAGGACACAGUCCUGAAAGCACAGUCAGCAGCGUUCAUAGGGUCCUAGCUCCAGGGCAGCACCCACCCUUCACCCCUGUUCCCCCAGGACAGGGGGACACAGGGACCCACCUCCCCAGGGGUCCCAGCUGCAGUGAUCCCAGCAGACAGAUGAGAAGGUGAUCACGGGAUGGAGCCAUCAGACCACCCAGAGGUUUUUCAAGGAGAACCCUCUGGUGGUCACAAUACCAGAAGAAUGCAAUCAGCCCUGCCUACCCUACCUCCACCAAGGUCCUUGCCUUCAGCCCUCAAGCCAAUGCAAAGCAGCUUCAAGAAGGUGUACUGCAUGGAAGAGGCCAGCCCAAGCCCUUUUCCUGGUCUGGUAGCUGGAGUGCUUGAGAUGAGGGUCAAGGAGGGCAGCAAGAUCCGGAACCUGAUGGGCUUCGCGAUGGCACGCAUGCAGGGGGAGCACAGGGACAGUGAAGGAGGCCUACGUCAGGUGGUGUUUGCUGGCUCGGGUCGUGCCGUCACCAAGACCAUCACAUGUGCGGAGAUCAUGAAGAGACGGGUAGGUGGCCUGCACCAACUGACCAAGCUGCGCUACAAGUGCGUUCAGGAGGUGUGGGAGAGUGGCGAAGGCAGUGCUCCUCAAACCACGGUGCACCGCAAUGUCCCUGCCAUCAGCAUCCUACUCUCCAAGGACCCACUAGACCCCCGGGAGCCUGGCUACCAGCCCCCAGGGGACCUCGGUGUAUUCUGGAGGGCCCCCGCUGAGGGGGUGGAGCACGAGAGUCCCCAGCUGGCAACAGGCAAGAGACCACUCAGCCCCCUCAUGCAACCUUCCCAGACAGACUCCAAGAGACUCUACUCAGGGGUGAGAGUUACAUGUACACAGGCACUGACCUACUGACUAGCUGGAAACACAGUAGAACAGUGCUGGAUGCUUUGCUUGGCUGAAAUUCAAACAUA